ACCUAAAAAAGCAUCCUAACCUUAUCUUGGCAGGAUCGGAAAUUACUACCAACAAUUUUCAGUCCGUAAGAAUUCUUCAAUUUCGGGGAAAUCUCUUCCCAACCGCAAUUUCGUCCCAAUUUUCUCUGGAGGAGAAGCUACUACAAUGCCGGAAGAAACCCUAGAACGCCGGAGCUCCGUCGCCGCUCCUCUCGUCUUCGCCGUCGUCAUGGCUUUCCACUUCCUCUCGUGGUGGUUCGACCGCCUGAAGAAGGCAGGAUCGGCGAGUGAGAUGGAGAUCCAGCUGCGCAGGGAGAUUAGGGAGCUCUUGAAAGAGGCGAGCUCGUUGUCGCAACCAUCAACGUUUGCACAAGCUGCAAAGCUUAAAAGAUUGGCAGCUGCUAAGGAGAAGGAAUUGACAAAAAUUCAAGAAUCACGCAGCAGAGAGAUGAAGCACUCCUAUGAUUUGUAUUUGAGAGUGCUGUUUUAUACAAAGGUGUUUACGUAUUUUGUGCUGAUUUGCUGGUUUUGGAAAGCUCCUAUUGCUACGAUAUCUCAGCAGCUAGUUCAACCAUUUGGAAGACUAUUAUCAUGGGGAGCUGGAAGCCAUUUAGGUGGCCAUGUUAUGGUUGGGAUCAUACCCUGGUUGAUACUAUCUACAAGGGUGAGCAGAUACGUUGUUAAACACUUCAAAUGAUAAAUAAACUGGAUCUAGCUGCCUAUAUCCCUGAUUGAUGAUCUCCAAUUGAUCAUCAUUUCCGCUAUGGGUGGGAGAGAGGAGGCCGAAUUUGUGCUGAUUCUUUUAUAUUGGUGCAUCAUUUUGCCUCACAUUUCUGUCUCUUUUCUUUUGCACAUUAUGUCUAGUGCAGUUUUGGCGUUGAUCAUGUAAUUUAGCGACUUUAGAAGUUCGAUUUCUUAUUUGUCACCUGAAGCUUUGUAGUAGAAUUGAAUCCACUUGUAUAGUUAGUGUUGUGU